CCACUGAAUUCGAGGUCUCUAUAAUGUAAUUAUUGACUAAACCUAUUCGUUCGCCCGUUCAUUGCGCAGAUGUAAUGCUAACAAGUGUUUACUUAGGCAUACGCGACUUAGCUUUGUAUCCAGAUUUUCAUGUUUAUGUUUUCUCGUAAAAGUGCGCAAAUUCACGUCAAGUUUAGUAAAAUGGAUGUUUAUAACAUUUCUAGUGAUUUGUCCCGUGUGAAAGUAUGAGAAUGUGAAAAAUCAUCAUCAACAUCAUCAGAUUGGUAGCUACCUCAAGGAUUGACUUUCGGGCACUUGUAAUUCAAGAAACCUAGAUGUUCUGCAGAUAUUCGAAAGGCCAAUGGAUAAUAUCAUUAAUCCUGAUCCUUUCUCUUACGAAAACAUAUUCAAGUAACGAUCUCUGCAAAAGGACAGGAAAUUGUCACUGCCUCAACAACUCCGACCACUAUGAAUACCAAUGUUUCGACUUCAAGAAUAACGAAGAAAUAAUCCUCCACAUCUACCCGAACUCUUCAAUUCAAAUCGAUUGCAACAAUGUCAUUAGUCUCAACUCUCAAAAACUACCCCAAGUAGUUUUCAAGAAUAUCGAUAAGCUCAAGAUAAAUUACUGCCCCUUGCCAGAUAAUGGUUUGAGGGAAAUAGUGGACCAUUUUGGUCUGCAGAAUUUGGACGUUUUGAGCUUCGAGUAUGGCAUCUUCGAUAAUUUUACUCUACCAAAAGAAAAAGUCCAAGGCAUUAACAACGUUACUGUCCUCAAACUGCGUGCCAAUGACUUGAACUCUUUGGAAGAUGGUUUUUUCGAGAAUUUCCCAGAAUUGGUCUCCCUCGAGUUGGAUAGAAACCAUCUUGAAUUGAAGGAAAAUUCUUUCUCGGCUCUAUCAAAACUAAAGUUUUUGAGCAUAUCGGACAAUCAUCUUGAGAAACUUCCAAGUAAGAUUUUCCAAAACUUAAAUAACUUGGAAAAGCUCAACGUUUGGAAAAAUGAUUUGAAAGUCAUCGAGCGUCACACGUUCGAAGGUCUUCAUAACCUAAAAGUACUGGAACUGGCUUUCAACAAGAUAGAAGAAAUAGAAGAAGGAGCCUUGGACUUCACACCCAGUUUGGUGAAUAUAAGUUUCAGAUACAAUUCGCUCAAGACUCUUUCCAGAAGUGCUUUCAAAUCGAAUAAUUUGUUAGAACAGGUGAUAGUCAGUGGAAAUUCUGGAUUACACUUAGAAAAUGGAGUUUUUGCCGAUUUAACAUUUUUGAACAGCGUAGAUUUGGAAGGGUCAAAAUUGGACAUUAUACCUGAAGAUUUAUUCGAGAACUGUACUUCUCUAGCACAUAUUUCCUUGGGUAAUAAUAACAUCGAAUUGAUCCCGAAAAAUCUCUUCAAGAAUUUGAUUAAUUUGAAGACGCUCUCUUUAGCAAAUAACAAAAUCAAAAGUUUGGAUGAUAACACAUUUAAAUCUCUGACUAAAUUGGAAACUCUGUUUAUUCAAGGAAAUGAACUCAAAGAAAUGAAUGCAGAACUUUUAAAGUCAUUAACGAAACUGAAAGAAUUAGAUUUGAGUUACAACAAAAUCAGAAACAUACACCUAGAUGCCUUUGGAAGGAAUAAACUCAGAAAAAUUUACUUGCAACAUAACCUGUACAGAUACGAAAGAAUGGGUAUUUAUCCUAUCAGUCCUUUCAAUAAAUGUGGAGAUUUGGAGGAAAUCGAUUUGAGUUAUAAUGAGGUGAUAGAUUUUCCUGAAGAUUUGAUGCUGUUGGUAUCUGUGAAAUCGGUUAAUAUCAGUCACAACAAUAUAAGUUCUUUGAGGGUCAAUGCCCUUUGGAAAAUAAGCCCCAACGACCUCACCAUCGACUUGGAAUCCAAUCAGAUAUCAUAUUUGAAAUUCGACCAUGUCGAAAUAACAGCCUACAAACAGCCCGAUCUAGACGCAUAUCACAACACCGACUCGCCGUCUACGAUAAGAAUAUCCAGAAAUCCUAUAGUUUGUGAUUGUUUUUCCAUCGAUUUCGUGAAGUACUUACGGAAUGAGCUGUAUCCAGGCGUCAAAGCUUCCAUAUAUUUUGUGUACGACGAACUCGUAUGCGAAUCUCCAGAAGUGUUCAAAGGAAUUUCUGUAGAAAAUAUCACUCCGGAUAUGUUGAGCUGUCCGAUAGAAGACGUUGUUGGAGAUUUCAAUUGUACAAAUGUUGAGGAAUGCGGCUGCAUCUGGAGGCCCUUCGAUUAUGCCUUAGUGAUAAAUUGUCAAGGAAAAAACUUGACGUCAUUGCCCGAAAUAAUGCAUCCUAGUGAGCUGUAUUUCAAACAAACAGAAGUGCACAUGGAGAACAAUUUGUUGAUGAAUGGACCUACUGCAGACGACAUCGGUUUCUGGAAUGUUUCCAGGUUAUUCUUGGGAAAUAACAGUAUAAAAUCCAUAGGAUGGGUUCCCCCAAGACUAGAGAUUCUGGAUUUACAUAAUAAUCGAAUAGAAAAUAUCGAUUAUGCAAUUUUGGAUCUCAUGAACAAAACAUCUUUGAAAAAAAUAUUCCUCCGUGGAAAUCCAUGGAUAUGUGAUUGUUCGGCAGCUAAUCUGACAAGCUUCUUGAGGCAGCAUGUACAUCAGAUCGAUACCAACCACAUAUACUGCGUAGGAACCUCCAAUCAGCUGAUAAAUCUCAACGAAAAGGACUUAUGUCCCACCAAUCCCCUCCUUCUGGCCUCAGCGGUUGUUCUCAUCCUCUGUCUGUGUGUCCUCAGUUCAAUGGCAGCUAUCUAUUACAGAUUCCAACGAGAGAUCAAAGUCUGGAUGUACGCCCACAACAUAUGCCUUUUCCUCAUAGAAGAAGAAGAAUUGGACAAGGAUAAAAUAUACGACGCCUUCGUCAGUUACUCCCACAAGGACGAGGACUUCGUGAUAGAAAACUUGAUCUCAAUACUAGAGGGUGGUCCGAAACCAUACAAACUCUGCUUGCACUUCAGGAACUGGGUUCCUGGAGAAUUUAUAGCGAAGCAAGUAACGUCCUCCGUCCAUGAUUCAAGGAGGACUCUGGUUGUCCUAUCACCGAACUUUCUCGAAAGCGUUUGGGGCAAGAUGGAGUUCAGAACUGCCCACACCGAAGCAAUGAGAGAAGGUCGAGCUAGAGUCAUUAUCGUCCUUUAUGGUGACGUAAACAUGGAUUCCCUCGAUGACGAACUGAAGGCCUAUAUGAAGACCAACACCUACAUAAAGUGGGGAGACCCUUGGUUCUGGGAUAAGCUCAAGUACGCCCUUCCCCACUCCAGGAUCAAAGGAUUCAACAACAAAUCACAAAAGCAUGCUAACAUGAUGAAGUAUAUCGAAGAUAAAUUCGUUCUAGUUGACGACAGGAGUGCUUCAAAGACUGAUGAAAGUGAUGGCACUUUAUCUCUAUCCAGAGAGAACGUAAAAAAAAUAGACGAAGAGAAUGUCAUCCUGAGGAAUGAAAUCGCUUGAGCUGGUCUUAAAAUUGUGGUAUUCGAUUUUUUUAUUUUUGAAUAAUGCUGAACUGUGAUAAUUCUUGCAGUUGUUUUUCGAUUUGAUCGAGGAUCUCUGGAAAACGAAAAAAUUGAGCAUUCAGACUGCCCAUACACUGCUAAAUGGAAAGCUAGUUGCAGAACACUACUCCAGAAACAUUGUGAUAUCAGAACGUUCCUGCUACACCCAAUAUCAAAAUUAUAUUCAAGAAAGAAUUUAGAAAACUUGUAACAUAUUUCCAGACAAUAUAACUGAAUUCAUAUAAGAUCAAGGCGACAUUCACAAGUUUUGUUAUAGGAUAAGAAAAGGGAUCCGAAUUCAGCAGAUAAAUAAAACAAAGCUUAACGAAAGCAUGUUCUAUGAUGUAAAGAGAUAUUCUUUAUUAAUCUGGCAGUAGGAGGAAUGUUUCCUACAGAAAGAUACGUUUCGAAAUUUCAUUUAUAAGUACAGAGUUUUUGUCUUGUAUUCUGGCAAGUCUUACUGUCCAUCAGAUUAUAUUAUAUUUUAUUAUAUUAUAUAUUUUAUGGAAAA